CAUUUCAACAUCGUCGAAUCAUAUCAUCAAACAUUCGAAUUGAAUUAAUUUUCAUUUUUGAAUUUUAAAAUUCAAAUUUUUCCUUCAAAAACAACAACAAAAAUGGAUGGCAAAGAAGAUAAUAAAUCGAACGCAGAUAAUAGUAAUGCAUCUGUAGUUGAUAAAAAUCUAAACGAUAGUUUUAAAUCGGUACAAUUAUUAUUGCAAACAAUGCAGGAUAAAUUUCAAUCUAUGAGCGAUGAAAUUGUACAUCGUAUGGAUGAAAUGGGACAUCGUAUUAAUGAUCUUGAACAAAAUAUUAGUGAUUUAAUGCAACAAGCCGAUAUGAUUGAAAAUUCUAAUGAAAUUUCUGAUUCACAACAACAACAAUCAAAUAAAUCACAAACAAUCGAUGAUGGUCAAAAACCAACCGAUCAACAACAACAACAAAUCGAAGAACAUAACAUUUAG